UGGAGGAGGCAGUGGAGGGAGUGGGGGUGGGGGAGUGCCUCCCCCAACCAGCCAGGGUGGAGUUCCAUCAGACUAUUCACAUGGAAGCUCCAAAAAGAAGAAGAAAUUAGCUGAGAAAAUACUACCUCAGAAGGUUCGAGACCUUGUACCAGAAAGCCAGGCAUACAUGGACCUCCUAGCUUUCGAACGCAAGCUUGAUGCUACCAUCAUGAGGAAGAGACUCGAUAUUCAGGAAGCUUUGAAACGACCCAUGAAAGUCAAGAAAAAAUUGCGGAUUUUUAUAUCCAACACGUUUUACCCUGCACGGGCCGAGGGAGUUGAAGGUGACGAUGCGUCCGUUGCAUCAUGGGAACUGAGAGUGGAAGGUCGUCUUUUAGAUGACCAUAAGAACGAUCCCAGCAAACUGAAGCGUAAAUUCUCCUCAUUCUUUAAAUCUCUGGUGAUUGAAUUGGAUAAGGAGCUGUAUGGUCCUGACAACCACUUGGUCGAGUGGCAUCGAACAGCAACCACACAGGAAACUGAUGGAUUUCAGGUAAAACGACCUGGUGAUAAAAACGUCCGCUGCACCAUCCUACUGUUGUUGGAUUAUCAACCACAUCAAUUCAAGCUGGAUCCACGUCUGGCUCGCCUCUUGGGAGUGCACACGCAGACACGCCCUGUCAUUAUUACUGCUCUGUGGCAGUAUAUUAAAACCCACAAGUUGCAAGACAGUCACGAGAGAGAAUACAUCAACUGUGACAAGUACCUGGAGCAGAUCUUUGGUGUCCCUCGCAUGAAAUUUGCAGAAAUCCCUGGGAGACUGAACCAGUUGCUGUUUCCUCCAGAUCCCAUCAUUAUCAAUCAUACCAUAUCUGUCGAGGGGGCAGACCAGAAGAAGACAUCGUGUUAUGAUAUAGAUGUGGAAGUUGAUGAUAAUCUCAAGACCCAAAUGAACAAUUUCCUACUGAGUACCAACUCCCAGCAAGAUAUCCAGACGCUAGACACCAAGAUCCACGAGACAGUGGAAACUAUCAAUUCCCUCAAAACUAAUCGCGAGUUCUACCUCUCGUUUGCCAAGGAUCCACAGCAGUUCAUUCAGAAAUGGCUGAUAUCCCAGAAUCGUGACUUGAAAACCAUGACUGACGUUGUUGGUAAUCCAGAGGAAGAACGACGAGCGCAAUACUACUAUCAACCCUGGACUCACGAAGCUGUCAACCGCUACUUCUAUUCUAAGAUUCAGCAGAAACGAGCUGAACUGGAACAAGCUCUAGGGAUUAGAAACAACUAAAUAUUUUUACUUACCAUUUUGUCAGGAUUCUGUUACUAGAAAACUGAAGUGCUGUAUGAAAUUAUUAUCCAGUUGAAACACUGAUAUAAGUUUCGACUUGCUCUUGCAAUGAAACUAGAGCUGGUUUUCAGCUUUGUUUUUACAGGAUUAUUGAUAUAUCAUGAUUUCAUUAG